UGAAAGUCUGCUUCCUAUGUACUGAUGUAUGUGGAGCUCUCGCAGACUUUGAUAAGGUUCAAGAUCUUCAAGGACAGUAUCUUGCUCUGUUUGAUCUUGUGAAUUGGCAACCUCCUUGCUCCAUUCAAGUAUCAACUUAGUAAUGCCUUCCUUUUGUUUGAGCUCUGCAGCCUUUGCAUCUGUUGAAUUUUCGAGUUUAGAAAUGUGUAGUGUACCUUCUAGACUGUUCAUGCUCUUUAACUCCUCAAUUCCAUAUCCAUUCUCACGACGAACAUGGAAAGUAUGCAAAUUAUGCAAAUUAGCUAUGCCUCCUAUACCUGGGGGCAAUGUGGAGCACUUAUACCAAAACAUCUCAUCCAGCUCAAGAUAUCGGAGAUUUCUAAGGUUCCCAAGGUCCUUUGGCAAUUCCAGAAGCCAAAGACACCCUAGGAGCUUUAGUAUUUGCAGAUUGGAGAGAUUGCAAAUGGUGUUGGGUAGUAACCUGAUCUCAGUUCUUGAUAAGUCAAGAUACCGCAGCAACUUCAGUUCCCCUAUUGAUUUUGGUAGAUCAACUAUGCUGCUUGAACUGAGAUCUAAAACCCGCAUGUACUUCAAUGCAUGGAACAUCUUAUCAAGGGUAUGACCAAAAUCUCUGGGGUAACUGAUCGGUAGCAGUAAAGUGCGCAACUUCUUAGCUUUGAGAAUCUCUUGUGCAGGCUUCUGAACAUCUUUACAGUUAAGUGAUACAUGCCGCAGUGUCUGUUCUAUAGAGCAAGGCUUGUUUUCUUCAACAUGCUGACAGCAACUUGAGACAGAUUUCGCUAAAUCGUGAAUUAGAUCGUGCAUCUUGAACUGUUCCUGACUGUCAAUGUCUAAGAUCUGAAAGAAGGAUCUCGCUAGCAACUCGUUGAAAUAAUCACUUGCAGCUUCCUCCAGCUUGUUUUCUCCUCUCAGUUGGAUGUAACCUUCAGCUAUCCACAGUUUGACCAGAUCAUUUUUAUCAAACAUAUGGCCUUUUGGGAAUAUGUAACAGUAUGCAAAACACUGCUUGAGUUGAGAAGGGAGAUGAUCAUAACUCAAUUUCAGAGCUGGCAGAAUGUUUGGAGCCCCAUUUCCAAAGCUGUAUUGCUCUGAUUCCCAGAUGCCAUUUCGCAGGAUUCUCUGCCAUUGACUAACAUCAUUAUUCCCACGCAAAAGGCCUGCCAUUGCCUUCACUGCUAGAGGGAGAAAAUUGCACCUGCGGAUGAUUUCUCUCCCUAUCUCUUCCAAAUCUGUUGAAAAUGCCCCAUUUGGUGGAAAGGCCCGUUUUACAAACAGGUCCCAGCAGCGUUCCUCUGGCAAAUGUCCCAAGGUAUGUAAAUGAGUUGCGCCCAUAAUCCUUGCGACAUUCCCAUUUCUACUGGUAACCAAGACUUUACUUCCUUUUGGACAUUGCUUGAGGAAAUCAUGAAGUGGUUCCCAGUCUAAUUUCUCAACCCACACAUCAUCUAAAACAAGCAAGAAACGUUUUCCAUCCAAGACUUCCAAGAUAUGAGACUUGAUUGAGCUCUGAGGAACCAUAUCAUGCCUCAUCUCCGUGAGGAUUUCAACCAUCUCCCGAAGAAUCCUAUCCACACUUGAAUCCACUGAGACAUUAAUCCACAUAGCAACCUUGAAAUGGCACGACUCAUCUCGCUUUUUAUAGACCCUCCCAUCAUUAUAGGCUAGCUGAGCGAGGGUUGUUUUUCCUAGGCCUCCCAUCCCAAUGAUGGGAAACACAGGGACACGCCCAUUGUUGUCAGAUUCUUCUUCUAAGAGCAACCAUCUAACAACCUCAUUUUUCUCCUCGUCCCUGCCAACUAUGUCUGAUGUGUCCCUUAGAAAAUCCCUUUCGCGCAGGCCAAUCCUAGUGGAUUGAUGUGUCCAUUCUGUUCCACCAUAGUCCUUGGGCCUGAAAUGGAAGUUAUUCUUUUCUUGGGAGAUUGUGCCGAUCCUUGCCGCAAUCUUCUUGAUCUUAUUUGCAGCUUCUGAUCGAGAAGAAAUCCAGGCAAGUGGGGCAGGGUACCUCUGCUUUUCUCUCAUAGCAACCUCAGCAGCAUAAGUUUCCAGUAUAUCCUCUGCAUCCAGAGCUGCAUCUCUAAGCUUCGUCAGCCAAUCAACUAGCUGCUCGGAUUUUGAAUCUGAACAGCAAUGCUCUGCGUCCUUAAGCACCGCUGCAAUGGAGCUUAAGUUGCUCGCUCUAUUAGAGGUGAGACCAAGUCAGACAUUGGACUGAUGUUCUCUUUCUAAUAGAGAAUCAAUUAAAUAUGGAACAAGAAAGUUUUGGAAACUGGAAAUUAUGGAGGUAUAAAUUCAGAGGAAGCAUGAAAUGAUCUGAUUUUGUUUGUGAGAUGGUACUCGGAUGUUAAACAACUACAUAUUUUAUAGUGAAAAAGUUCGUAAUUUAACAGAAGCUAGAAGUAACAAAGUGUAGUUUCAGAACAAUUUCCAUAUGAGGUUAUUAGUAAACGCGUCUUACUGUAAUUGGUCAAAACAGAAUGCUUAAUCGCGUUGAUCUGCUUACUUUUCUACAAUGACUACCUCUGCAGCUUCUAAUAUACUACGUAUGUAGUUCAUGUUGGGAUUAGGAGCGGAAGACUUUUGACAAUUAUACGAUUCCAGAAGAUGAUUCAGAAUUGGGUCGGAAAUUCGAAAAUCUAUGAAAAGACAUCUAAACUAAUGGGGAAGAAAUGCUUAAUCGCGUUGAUCAGCUGACUUUGCUACAAUGACUAGUAUGACUACCCCUGCAGCUUCUUAUAUAUGUGGUUCAAAGACGGGGAUGAUCUCACAAGGCAAAAGCAAAAACUUUCAUCAAAACUAAUGGGGAAGAAAUUAUUGAAGACAGAGGAACUAUUCCUCGAGCACAAGAGAAAGAAAAAAUGGGUAGAUACCAAGGAUGGAAGCUAUGGUUUUAUGUUAUAUGCACGAUUCCUGUUUAUAACUUGGGGUCAAAGUUGGUAUUGGUCUUGGAAUAGCUUCAAAGACACUGAUGAUGAUAAUAUUGAAGUCGCGAAGCUGAUCAGUGUGUGCUGGUUAGAUGUGCGAGGUAAAUUGGCUAUGUCAGAGCUCUCACCAGGAGUAACUUAUGAGGUUGUAUACGUUGUUAAGCUGACAAAAUCAGCAUCUGGGUGGGAGCUUCCACUUAUGCUGAGAUUAAAUGUACCAGGUAAUGAAGUUAAGGUAAGGCAAGUCAGCUUGUUAAUGAAACCAAAAGGAGAAUGGUUUGAGCUGAAUUUGGGCACUUUUCAAGCAAAAGCUGAUGAAUCUGAAGAGGUGUGUUUCGAUAUCUUUGAGCAUGGCGGUCACUGGAAGUCCGGGCUCAUCAUCAAAGCUGCCAUUAUUCGACCCAAACACUAGCUUGUUUGCUUAAUUGUGUGUUGUUCAGCUGUUUAGACAGUGAUCAAAUUGGAAUUUUGUGUGAGUUAAGAUUUGCAAAAUAUGUACAUGGGUGUGUUAAUUUAUUUCAGAACAUUCCAGUUUCCUAAUUGAUAACAACAGUAGGAAAUAUGAAUUGAAUUAUAAUAAUGUAAUGGUCUAUUUAGUUUUAGUCUA